AUGGUAGCAGCUUCAGACUCCUUCCAUGAUCCGGAAGGGGGUGGGGGCCCCCACAAAUUCAGGGGGGCCCCCAUGCAGAAGGGGGCCCCUAAGCAGAAGGGGGCCCCCAGGCGUAAGGGGGCCCCCAAGCACAAGGGAGGCUUCCGUAAGAGAGAGGGGGGCCCCCCUCCUUUGAAGCUGCGGCAGCGAGAGAGACAAGAAAUAGCAGAACUGCAGCAGCGGAUUCUCCUCGAGAUGCCGCCACCUGGGGGCAAGUGGCUGCCGCCUUCAUUAGCAGCUAUCCAACAGCAGCAGCAGCAGCAGCAGCAGAAGCAGCAGGAAGAAGGAACCAACACCACCACCACCGCCAGCAGCAGCAGCAGCAGCAGCAGCAGCAGCAGCAGCAAGGGUAGGAGUGGGGUGUUGAGUGAUAAGGUGUUCUUGGAUUUACCCUUAUCAACAUUAACUCAGCGCGGUUUGUCUGCAUGCAAUUAUAAACAGCUAACAGAUAUACAGGCUGCUGUUAUUCCCCACGCACUUGCAGGGAGAGAUAUUAAAGCACAAGCAAAGACAGGCAGCGGCAAAACACUCGCCUUCGUCAUACCCAUCCUGGAGAAGUUGUUUCUAGAGGAGAUUAGCGGUCUUGACGGCACCGUCGCCAUCGUCUUGGCCCCAACGCGCGAAUUGGCUGUUCAAAUAUUCGAUGUCUUCAGAGCAGUCGGACAGUACCACGAGAUGUCAAUUGGCUGUCUGAUAGGAGGCAAAGACGUUGCAGCAGAAGCAGAAAGAAUCGGGCAGCUAAAUAUAAUUGUCGCCUCCCCUGGCCGUUUGCUGCAGCACAUGGAUGAAUCUCCUUCGUGGGAUGCAAGCAGGCUCUUGAUCCUAGCAAUAGACGAGGCAGAUCGUCUGUUAGAUUUAGGUUUCUUAUCCACAAUAAAGGCCAUUGUCUCCUCUUUACCUUCUACUCGCCAGACUUUAUUAUUUUCUGCAACAUUAAACAGUGCAGUGCAGCGGCUGGGGCUGCUGCUGUGCAGCAGCAAACCCGAAGCCAUCUGUACAGACACCCCGCAGCAGCAGCAGCAGCAGCAGCUCCUCCUGAAGCAAACAUACGUCGUUAUACACCUCAAACAUAAAACUUCUGCCCUCUUCUCUAUCUUAAGAGCGCAAUGCAAAAAGAAAAUUCUUGUCUUUGUCUCUUCGUGCAAGCAAGCAAAGUUUAUUCAUGAGGCAUUUAAACUCUUAAAGCCCGGCUUGUCUCUGCUGUACCUGCACGGGAGACAGAAGCAGCAGAAGAGGCUGGAGGUGUUUCAGGACUUUGUCUCUCGCACGUCUCCCUGCUGUCUGAUAAGCACAGAUCUGGCGGCUCGGGGGAUCGACUUUGUGGUGCAGCCGGAGCGGCCCCGGGGACCCCACAAACGGGGAUUGGGAUCGGGAUCGGGAUCGGGGGCCGAUGUGGGGUUGGCAGGCGACGGCUCUUCCGCUGUCGACCUUAUGGUCCUCCACCGAACCAACAUAAACCCCAAGCGAGCGAUCCGCGUCGAAAGCAAACUUCAGGCUUUACUCGCUGCAGAUGCUUCGCUAAAGGCUCUGGCCCAGAAGGCAGUAUCUUCUUAUCUGCGUUGUUUGUCUGUCAUGACGAACAAGAAGGUCUUUAAUUUAAAAGCUCUCGAUCUGCAGCAACUCGCUAUCUGCUACGGCCUCUCCAUUGCGCCGUCCAUAGAACACUUGACUGCAGCAGACGCCCAGCAGCAGCAACAGCAGCAGCAGCAGGGAGGGGAGGAAGAAGGCGCCAGUGAAUUCAGUGGAGGGGCCGUUACUAGCGGAGAACACAAGAAAAAGAAUAUGUCCAAACUGGCACGACUUAAGGAGCAGAUCCGUGCGAAGAAGCUGCUGAAGCAGCAGCAGCGAGAGCAGCAGCAGCGAGAGCAACAGCAACAGCAGCAGCAGACGCACACGCAGCCAGGGGAGGAGCAAGGACCCGGGACAAGCUCGAAACCCGGCAAGGACAAGGAGCAGCGUGCACUCAACAGCAGCAGCAGCAGCAGCAAUGCGGAAGACCACGAGGGAGAAGACUUCUUGAUGCUGAAGCAGCAAGACAGCGAGCCACCAGAAGAGAGCAGCAAAAUUAGAAACCAGAAACUGCAGGAAUUGCUGCUGACGAAACCCGAGUGUUCAUCCGCGGAGGCUGUCUGCUCUAUGAAGUGUGCAUACACCUCGUGUGCUGCUGCUGCUGUUGCGGCUGCUAAUGCUACUGUUGCUAUUGCUGCUGCUCCUGCUACUGUUGUUGUUGCUGCUGCUGCUGCUGCAGCAUAUCGGCGAGAGCGGCUGCAGUUUCGGGCUGAUGGUACCGCCAAAGUGAAGGGCCUCGCGGCUGCUUCUCUCAACUCGCAUAUUAUUUUUAGUGAAGGGGAGGAGACAGAAGGAGAGGAGGAGGAUAUACCAGCCCACCGACCCCCCACAACCAGCAGCAGCAACAGCAGCAGCAGCAGCAGCAACGGGAAGGUGACGCGAGAGCUGCGGGAGGCGUUUUUGCAGCAAAUGCGAGCUAAGAUGGAGUCUGUACACCUCAGCGAUAAGGCCAGAGACCGUGAGCGAGUUAAAGACAGCCACUUAAAAAAGAGAAGAAGAGAAAGAAAGGCGAGACAAGGCGAAGCAGCAGGGGGUGGGGUAACCUUGCUGGACGCUGAGAGUGAGAGCAACAGCAGCAGCAAUGAGGAUGCGUUGUCGGAUAGCAGCGUAGGCCAAGACGAAGGCUUUGAAAAGUUGAAUAGCAGCAAGCGCAGCGAAGAGAGAAGAAAAAAAGAGGGGAAGGCAAUGAAGAAACAAAAGAUAGAAACUCUAUCGGUUACAGAGCUUGAAAAACUCGCUCUUGAGGGCGCAGCAGCCUUUUGA